GUCAACAUCUAGGGGUAGUAGUUUCAAGGUGUUGCUGUCACCGUUCGUUUUGUCUUUCUGAAGGCGGAAAGGCAAACACCAAGAGGGGAGACAGAAACAGCAAGACCCUACCACCUCUAAGUCAUGACAAUCGGUAUGCGGCAUUCUUCGAAGCACCGCGUAGUCCCAGAAUUUUGGAGGGGACAACAACGGCGAAAGAAGCCGCGGCAGACGACGCGUUCUAUUGGGCAGUUUUUCAUCCGCAGGAAGCGAUCGAGCAACUGCGGUCUCAAAUCGAUGAACAGCAAGAGGCUGAGGCCAAGGAGAGGAUGGCCGCUAAGAUGGAAGGAAACACGAUGCGAAGUACGGUGCAAGAAAGGCAGCAACUGCAACGUUCUGCAGUGACCCAAUUUUUGGAACCUCAGCUGGUUCCUCUGACCUCGUGCGAUUUGCAUCUGUACGGCAGACGAGCGGAUCCUAGGACGCCAGAGAUGCAGGUAGACCGUG